CUUAAAUCCUAUGCAGCACCUUUCCUGGGAAAUCACAUUAUCUUGAAUUCCACCUAACCAUAAGACAGAUGGAUAGUUUCUUACUAAUCAUCACAUUUGAUGGGUACGCCCAAAUCAACCACAAGUUACAAUGGUACAUUAGUUACUUCAUAACUGUUUGACCAAGUAAUGGUAUGAUGAUGUUGGCACAAAAUGUACUGUACUUUGGACUAUAAAACACGUUUGGUGACCAGGAUGUUGCGUUUGGUGCUAGAUCAAUACAUUUCAGUACAGUAGGUUCAUCAUAUGACUUAAAUCCACACAAGUGCAAUAUAUUUGGAUUAAUCCAUUUUCAAAUGUCAAAGACCAUGGUAGAAGACAAUGAUUCCAGCACAAUGAAGAUAUUGGAUAUUGAUGACGACACACACAGCAUGACCAGAACAAGAGAUGGCGUUAAAUAUUCAGUACAUUUUCAGUGGUGGAAGAGACCAUACAAAGUUGCUGCAUUGUGUCUGGGGCUGCUGUGUGUUCUCCUACUGGCUGGGAUCAUAGGCCUGGGUGUACACUUCACUGGUCAGCAUUAUUCUCCAGAGAGAGACCAGCUACAGACCAGCUACAACAACAUGACUAAAGAGAGAGACCAGCUACAGAUCAAUUAUAGUACCCUGACUAAAGAGAGAGACCCGCUACAGACCAGUUUUAGUACUCUGACUAAAGAGAGAGACCAGCUACAGACCAGUUAUAGCACCCUGACUAAAGAGAGAGACCAGCUACAGACCAGUUAUAGCACCCUGACUAAAGAGAGAGACCAGCUACAGACCAGUUAUAGCACCCUGACUAAAGAUAGAGACCAGCUACAGAGGGAGACAAUCAGACUGAACAAGAAGCUCAAAGGGAGACCUUGUCACGAAGGAUGGAUAAAGUUCGAAACCAGCUGUUACUUCUUAUCAACUGUGAAUAAAACCUGGGAGGAGAGCAGAAUGGACUGUAUAAGGAGAGAAGCACAUCUUGUGAUCAUAAACAACAGAGAGGAACAGGUAUUUAUCAAUGGGUUAAACGGAGCAAAUAAACAAAUCUGGAUUGGUCUGACUGACACAAUUGUUGAGGGAACCUGGAAAUGGGUGGACGGCACACCACUGACUACCACGUAUUGGGGGGAUGGACAGCCUAAUAGCUGGAAAGAAACAGAGCAGGACUGUGGGGAGUUUGUACACCGUUCAACAGACCCAGGGGAUUGGAAUGACGAUGGGUGUUCCGUUGAACAAUACUGUGUCUGUGAGAAAUAGGAUUAUCAUAGAUACUCUCUCUGCACUGUCAUUCAUUUAAAGGGCCUCUCUAUGUCCUAUGUUACUCCUUUUAGUCUUAUGUCUGAAGACAGAUGUUAUUUGGUGGAAUGGUACUAGAUGUGGGAGAAUGCCACACGCUGACAAACACACACACAUGUACAGUGCCAGUCAAAAGUUUGGACACACCAACUCAUUCAAGGCUUUUUCUUUAUUUUUACUAUUUUCUACAGUGUAGAGUAAUAGUGAA